CCUCCGGGACACCGCCGACACCCAGGAGCCGACGCAGAGGAGCCCGCCGUACAGUAUAUGGAGCCAAAGCCCCGUGAGGCCCCUGGGAUGGCGUGCAGCGCGUGUUACUACCUGGUUAUCAGCUCCACACACCUGAGCAAUGGACACUUUCGGCGCGUCAAGGGAGUCUUUAGAGGACCGCUGUGUCCAACCGCAACCAGUGAUUCGCCGGAGCGUGCAGAGAGGGCUUUGGGCUGCUCAGUGGAGGAUCUGAAGGCUCUUUUCUACUGCGAGCUGUGUCACAAGCAGUACCUCAGACAUCAGGAGUUUGACAACCACAUCAAUUCCUACGACCAUGCACACAAACAGAGGCUGAAGGAACUCAAGCACAGGGAGUUUGCCCGCAACGUGGCUUCAAAAUCAUGGAAGGACCAGCGCAAACAGGAGAAGGCUCUCAGACGCCUGCACCAGCUCGCACAGCUGCAACAGGAUACUCAGCGAGUCCCAGGAAGGACUUAUGGACUAAGGAGUGCAAUCAGGGCUGUGAGUCAGCAGCAAGAUAGAGACAUUGACCGAAGAGACCAUAGCCCAGAAGACAAACCUGAAUCCUUCAACCACACCCAGAGACCCCCUCCUACGCAACCCAGGACAGCGCCUCUCAGCCACUUGCCAGAAGAUCCAUACCAAUCUCCUUCCCAAAUGCCGUUGGCCACUGGUCUAGCAGAGUCCUCACUAAUCACACAUCCCGCAUCCAAUACAGGCCCUCCUGGAGAGAACCCCGAAUCUUGCCUGGGCUUUUAUCCCCAGCUGCCUCUCCCUGGGCAGGUGAGAGUAGGAGGCAGGCUUGGGGUGUCCUUCUGCUUUUCACGCAGGGGGCCCAGGCUUGAGCCUUCUGCCUCUGUUUUCUCUGACCUGGAGGAAGAGGAGAGAGAGAAGAGAGAACAAAUGAAAGAAAGGAUAAAGGGAAUAAUGGAAGAUAUUGACAGGGAAAUUGGGGAAGUAGAGGAGAGGAAACACAGUGAGAAUGAAAAGCCCAGCCCUGACAGCGUUGGACUGAGUGACAUGGUGUCAAUCCCCAGAGAGGAUGCCAGAGAAGAGGAGGAGAUUGAAAAAAGAGAAACAGUGGAAGAACACUCACCUAUUUCCACAGCAGCACCUGAUAAUCUGAGCCACAAUUCACUAUUUUUGCCAUCACAAAAUGAGGUGACCAUAUGGGGCACAGCACUAGAAGGGGCACAUAUGGACAUUGAACAUACAGAUAGUGAGACAGAGAGAAAGCAAGAAACAGAGGGAGGGAGGGAGGAAAGUCAGUAUAUGCGUGUGCUGGGGAAAAAUGGCUCUACCUGUCUGAGAUGGCCUGUCAAUUUACUUAAGUUCACCAAGUCUCAGCCACACAUCUGUUACAGCUGCAACCCACUCUGCUUGAACCCCCAACGACCAGAGCAACUGACAGAGGAUCUGCAGGAGUCACAACAAAAUCAGUCGUGUGCUCCCUCCGAUGAAUCAACUCCACGUGUGCCAGCUAUUCUUACACCAGACGCUCAUUCUUGUUUACAAAGACAGACAAGACAAGAGCUGAGAGCACACAGACAGGGAAAAGCUGAGGAGAAUUUCAAGGCAGAGCAACAUAUCGAUGUGGAGACAGAAGAACACCUGUUCCUAAAGAACAAAAACCUUUCAUCAUCAGAAACAAGACCAGAAAGAGGAGGAUGCACGAUAAGUAUGGAGAAUUGUGUGAGGGCAGUCUGCCAUCCAUUUGACCCUGCUCAUAGUGACAGCUCUGACACAAACUCCCAGAAUCCUCUGGGAGGCAGAUUAGGGGGUGCGAGAGGGAUCAGGGAGAGCGCCAUCACAGCCCUGAGCUGUAAAUCAGAGUCUGUCAUCCAGGCUGGCACACAGGGGAUGUGCAUCAGCCCGUCCAGGUGUGAGUGUGGGAGUGAGACAAUGUGCAAGUGUGCCAGUGCUCCACAGCCGUACGUGGGUGUCUCAGAAGUGUCACGCAAAAAGAGGAAAGCCAGCACAAAGAAACACAAGCUGGGAAAGAGGAAGAGGGGUGAGAAGGAAAAAGCUUCAAACAAGCGCCAAUCAGUAAGGUGCAAAGUGAGGAGUGUUGUCUCUACAGUCUUCUCUGGCAGAGAGAGGAGAGGAGAAACUGGAGGGAGCUGUGGGAAGAAAAGGAGGCAAGGGGAGACAGGGGAGACGAGGAGGAGGAGGGUGCAGAGAGCAGGGAGCAGCUGUCUCCUGGGGAGAUGUGAGGCUGAGCCAGUAUCUGUCUCUGUCAGGAAGAGAAGGCCUCACAGGAGCCACAGCACUGAAUCCCAGUCACAGCCAGACAGAGAGCAGGCAGAGCAAGAGCACUGCAGUGCCUACUCCCAGCUCACCAGACACACAGCAGACAGAGACACCAAGGGGGAGGGAAAGCGAGACGGAGAUGCAGUGACUUUUCCCUGGCGAUCUCACUUCUCCGUAUACCCCUUCUCACCAGGAUGUAACUCAAAGCUGUUUUGGGAAAGGGGUCACCAUAGCAACCCCAGGAGUUUCAUUGACUGCUGUUACCCUGACAACAGCUGUGGUUGCAGCCCGGCGAGUAAGAGAAAACUCCUCCACAGGGACAGGAAAUUCAUUCAUAGUAAGAGGAAGAGUUUGAGGCAUCGUGGAGUCUGGGAGGAGAAAGAGAGGGGCAGGAAAGUGGGAGGGCGUUCAGGUUGCAGAGACAGGGGCCUGAUUUCCGAUACAGAACAGUGGGAGUGGAUGAGAGGGAGCUGUCCUGGAGGUAGCGUGGAGGGCAGGCCGAGGCCUGGGUGGAAAUCGAGAAACAAAGCAGUGGAGUGGGAUCGGUUGGCAAGGUGUAGCCCCAGUCCUAGCAGCUGGGGCAGGAGAAGCAGACAUCUUAGCACAGAAGAUAUAGAAUGGGAUAGGUGCAGCAUGGACAGAUGGACAUGGGGCAGCAGCGACAGCUGGGAAGACAGGGGGUCACACACAUCUACGUCAGGCUCCAGGACAGCAGCAGACAGCAGAGACAGCCCAGGCUGUGUGUGGAAAUUUGCAGGUACCAGACACUCAAGCUCGAGACACUUCUCCAGCCCUGAGUGGUGGACAAGUAGGCAGACAUACAGCCCCCAGAGUGUGAUCAACACACGGGCCAGCAGAUGUCACAGCCCGCGCUCCUGCAGCCCUUGCAGCACCACCAGCAUGUCCCAGUUAAGCUGGGAGUGGAGCAGGAGCAGUACCUGCUCUGGAGUCACUGUGGAUGGACUGACAGUUAGCUCCUGCAGGACGUCCUCAGGAGCUCCAGGAAUUUCAUCUAAGGCCCCUCAGGACGCAAAGAAGCAGAGCAACCCCAUGUCCACUCCACCCGGUCUUACCUCUAGCUCCUUCUCUCAUUCUUCCCCUCACAGAUCCUCUUUAGCUCCCACUGUCCCAGGCCUCAAUGUGCACAAUUGUGACACAAGUCCUUGUCAGCUAAAGGAGCCAAAUUCAAAGUCUGACCUUGGCCAUGAGCCCUCUACCCCUGUCACAACAAGUAGGUCAAGUGCACCUCCAGGACUAUCCCCCAGUAAGUCUCUGCCUCAGAAACCAGCCAGGAUGUUGCUCCCUCUCAUAGGGAAACUACCUGCUUUUCAGAGAAAGGCUAGGAGGAAAAAAGGGCUGCUGGAGAAGAGUCAGGGGAAGGAAGGAGAGGAGGAAGAGGAAGCUAAGGGCAGUGGAGGGCAUCCUGGAGGAGUCGUCAACAGUCAUAUGGCUGAGUCAAACCCCAGCACCUUGCCAAAUCUCUGCCUGUCACAGAUUAGGACGGAUGACAAACAGACAGGUGGGAAGACAGCUUCACCAAUCAGCUUUACUGCUGAGGAGAUGGGCAAAUAUCGUCUCCUGCAAGAGCAGGCGAGAGAGCACAUGCAGAAAGUCCUGGAACAGACGCACGAGAGAGCAGAUACACACAUAGAGACAAAUUACACACACACAGCACGGACAGACAACUGUGGUACUUCAAAGGAACGCUACACACCUGCAGCCUUGCACAACCCUUCACAGCCUCAAACUCAGUCAAUUCACACAGACACGAUGCAAACGCAAGCACAGCACACCCUCCAGGUCAGUCUCCCACUUCCACAUGUGACCCCCCAAGAGAACUUUACUCGACCCAUGGCUUUGGGAGUCCCUAACCUCACCCCCCUUCCACCAUCUCCCCCUCUCUCCAGCCUCCAUCAUAUCAUUUUACAACACACAGCCCUCUCCAUGCCACCCUCAUCCUCAUCCUCUUCCACCUCAUCCCCCUCUCCUGCCAUCCACCCACACCCGGCUCAGCUAACUCAUCCCCUGCCCCCUCUCCAUCCAUCCCUCUCUCAUCAUCUUCACCUCUCUCCCUUCUCCAUAUCUUCCCUGUUUCCCUCCAUCCUGUUGUCCCACCAUCCCAUCCCUCUCCUGCCCCAGUCCCACGCUUUUCACGCGACCCCACUUGCUUCGCUCUCCCCUGUAGCCCUGCAACCCUUGAACCCUCAGCCUUUCAUGGACAGAACAUGGCCAGUGAGGUUUCAACAGAAGGCAUUGUGAUUUUUACAGAGUAGCUGCCAUGUUUAUUAAUCUUCCUUGGCAACACAGACUAGUGAGGGAGAGAGACAGAGAAAGAAAGAGAGAGAGGGGGAAUUUUUGGUUUGGAUAAAAGCCUGUUAUUUGAAAUGGGGAUGUGUCAGUGCUUUUACUAGCAUCAGCUCCAAUUCUUACUCACAUAUGCCCUCACAUGCACACACGCAUGCAUACACACAAACAUCCCAACUAUAUUGAGUGUUUUCGAAUGAAAAAUUGUUUCUCCAUCUAGCCUCUGCUGUGUAGCAGACAGUGAGAAAACAGACUUUGAUCCUUUGCUUUUUCCAUCAUUCCUCAUUCAGACCCAGAAUAAAGGGAAAGGUGCACCUGCUAUUCAAAGACAAGCUGGGCUUGUGUCAUCCUCUCUCUUUCCUUCUGAACCACAGACAGACCAGCUGCCUUUUGAAGUAUCCUUCAUGCCAGGGACAGAGGGGCAAGAGAGAGUGAUAAUACUCUCCCCUUAUCUCCAUUUCAUAUAGGUUAUCUGAGUUAGAGUGUGACUUUCAACAAACAUAAAUAAUGUUCUAGGGACCAGGGGGCAUAACAGAGCCAUUUUAACCUUGGUGUAUACUGUAUUCAUGUGUGUAAGAUAGAUAAUUCUGGACUGACAUACACACACACAUACACAGAAGGAAGGACAACAACUAAUUUCCAUAUCUGAAACAUGUAAAGACCUGUUUUGUCUCUAUAGUGUAAAUAUUCUGACAGUGAGUGACAAUAUUAGAAUCAUGGGAAACAAUAAAAUAAAAAGUGAAUUUAACCUUGACCGGUAGUACAAUACUUAUUCCGCACUCAAUGGCUUCAGUGAUACAAACACUUCAACAACUUUUCAUAUCGAUGUGUGACACAAGAUUUGUUUUUUUCACACAGCAUUUAACAAAUAAGUUGUUGAGACAGCACUGAAUGACUCAAAUCUGUUACAUUAAAACUUGGGUGAAAAUAAA